UUCCAUGCGCCAUUUCCCGCACACCUUGAUCUCAUUCAGGCACUCGCGAGCCUAUGGCAUGGCGCGCCGGUGCUGUGCGGGUCUGCCUUGCGGCUUUUUGUGCCGGGUACUGGCCCAUAGGGGCGGUGCGGCCGUGGUCCAUUGCGGCAUGGAACCAACACCGGAAGUCCAGCUACAUACAGAAGGACUGUGUUUGGCUCGAGCGGCUGCUGCACCUUCACUCCAAGGAUGAGAUCCUCCGUGGACUAGAGGAGCUGCAGCUGAGCUACAGCGGCGCGGAGCUGCAGACUUGGGUGCGGAGCCAUGACCUGGUGGCGGUGCAGGAGGCGGACCCGCUCUUCUGCCGGGCGCUGGGGGAUGUCCAGCCGCUGCUGCGGGGCCAGGACGACCUGGACGGCCGGGGCGUCCAGGUGGAGUCCUGUAGUGCCCUGGUCCUGGGGAAUGCCCGGCUGCUCUGCCGGGAGCAGGCGGUGCUGAGCCGGCCCUUGUUCAGGCGGCGAAGGUGCUCGCGCGACCACACGGUGGCGCUGGUGGAGCGGCCAGAUGGGCAGAGGCUGGUGGUGUGUUCCGUGCACCUGCACGUGCCAUUCUGGGACAUGACGUGCCUGCCCUUCAAGCGCUAUUUGCAGCCGCUGCGCCGAGCGGUGGAGGCGGCGGCUGGCGUGGAGGAGGGGCGGCUGCAGACGCCGUGCCUACUGCUCGGGGACUUCAACGUAGACCCCGAGCACUUCAAAGAGCUCCUGGGUGUGUCGCGCUUCUGGGAUCAGUUCCAGAUUGUCACCCCGGGAAGCCGCACAGCGCACGCCUCCAACCCCGCCGUGCGCGGGGACUUUGCGCUGGUGACGAAGGGCCUGUGGCAAGGCCGCGCCUUGGGCCCCGAAAACUUCGAGGCCUUCGAGCGCCAUGCGGAGCGGGUCUUCCAGGCGCUGAGACGAGACGGCCGGGGCAGCAAGGGGCCUGGGCCGCGCUUCGAGUCGGCCUUGCGGCGCACGCUGCUGAACUCGGACCAUCGGCCCCUUCACUUCUCCGGAGUGCUGGAGGCUGCCUGAAGAAGCACGCUGCAGCGGCCUACGCCCCGACUGCCGCCUUGGAAUUGCGUGACGUGGUUGAAAUGCACACACAUGAUGAGCGCUGUCGAAGUCUUGGGAUUUUCAGUGGUCAGAAUUUGGAACGCCCAUGCUUUCAUGUUCGACCACGGAAAGUGUCGUGAGUGGACCUCCCCUGGCCAAAGGGCGCCAACGCGGGGAGGAUCGCUGAGAGC